CCAACCUCGGCUCGGCUGGGCCUGGGGGGCCCCCGCCCCCUCACCGCGGAUGACGUCACGGUUCCGUGACGUCACUCAGUCCCCACCCCGGCUGACGUCAGACCCAGCCCCGGGGAAGCGGCUCUGGGACACGGACGGGGCGGCGGCGGGAGCGCGGCGGGUCCAGGGUGUGGGACAACUCCUACUUUGUGCCGGGUUUUGAUUGGCUUUCCACAGAGGCAGUGUCCUAUAAAUUCCCUUCUCCUCUCUGCUUCUGCCUUAUCACCAGCUGAGGGACAGCAGGUUUGAAAGGGGAAGAUGCCAAUUGUCAGGAACCUGGGCAGGGCUGCCAGCCAGCUGCUGCAGAGCUCGGGGUGUGGCUGUGGGAUCUCCGUGGUGCCCGCUCGGUGCAUCGGGGUCUCCCCGCGCCAAGUGGCCUCGGACACGAGUUUCCACUCCGUCACCUUUUCCGAGUCGGAUCAUCCUCGGGUGCUCAUCACAGGUGGUCUUGGCCAGCUCGGGGUGGGACUUGCAAAGCUGCUGAGGAAACGCUUUGGAAAGAACAAUGUGAUCUUGUCUGACAUUAGAAAGCCUGCAGAUAAUGUUUUUUAUAGUGGUCCCUUUAUCUUCGCGGAUAUCUUGGACUACAAGAAUUUGCGGGAGAUUGUGGUGAACAACAGGAUAACUUGGCUGUUCCACUACAGUGCUUUGCUCAGCGCUGUUGGAGAAGCGAAUGUGCCUUUGGCCAGAGCUGUGAACAUUACCGGUUUACACAAUGUUCUGGAUAUUGCAGCUGAGCAUAAUUUGAGGCUCUUCGUUCCAAGCACUAUCGGGGCCUUUGGACCCACCUCUCCUCGAGACCCAACUCCUGAUCUCUGCAUUCAGAGACCAAGGACAAUCUAUGGAGUCUCCAAGGUCCAUGCUGAGCUCAUGGGAGAAUACUACCAUUACCGGUAUGGGCUGGACUUCCGCUGCCUCAGGUAUCCAGGGAUUAUAUCUGCUGACUCCCAGCCUGGAGGGGGAACGACUGAUUAUGCUGUCAAGAUCUUCCAUGAUGCCAUAAAGACUGGCAAGUUUAAGUGUUACCUCAGGCCAGACACCCGUCUGCCCAUGAUGUACAUCGAUGACUGUCUGAAGGCAACGCUGGAGGUCAUGGAGGCCCCUGCGGAAUCACUGACCAUGAGGACCUACAACAUCAAUGCCAUGAGCUUCAGUCCUGAGGAGCUGGCACAGGAGGUGCAGAAGUAUGUUCCUGAGCUCCAGGUGACCUACAACGUGGAUCAAGUCAGGCAGGCCAUAGCUGACAGCUGGCCCAUGAACUUCGACGACAGCAACGCCCGCAGGGAUUGGGGUUGGAAACACGAUUAUGAUCUCCCUGAGCUGGUGACCACCAUGUUUAGCUACCUUGGGUCUGACUCCAGGAUUGCCCAAGCUAACUGAAAAUACUUUCAGAUGUUUCCAGAUUUCCACAGAGGACCAGGAAGAAAUGGCUAAGUUUAGGGUUGUAAUUUUCUGAGUCUUAGAGCAUGUCAGUGAUUAAUUUUCAUAAGUAGCAGCAGAGCUGGGCAGAAACAUCCUGUAGGCUGGAAUGUACUUUAGAUAAAUGAACAUCAGUGGGUGCUGUCUCCAGAUGACAAACACAGAGUUAUUGAGCUUCCACACUU